AUGCACGGGACGUGUAACCUUCCGCUUAGCCGCUCACUCCCGCUUGUGUGCAUUUGCUCACUAUUCAGUUUCCUUUGCGGCGUCGGCAUUGGGGCAAAUGAUUUGAGUGCGAACUUCGCCAUGGUGGUGGGGAGUGGAUCUUUAAAUAUGCGACAGGCAGUCGUGUACUGCACGGUGUUUGAGCUGCUCGGUGCUGCUUUUAUGGGUGGACGCGUUAGUGGGACAAUUCGAAAAGGUAUCGUUGACCCUGGUUUCUUUACUGUGAAUGAAGACAUGGUGCUUAUCGGCAUGACAUGUGCAAGUUUUGCGGCAGCGCUGUGGCUGUACCUUUCCACAGUAUUUGGUUUACCCGUGUCCAUCACCCACACAGUGGUGGGAUCCAUCAUUGGUUUUGCCAUCUUUUCUAGCGGAUCCUUUCAAUACAUACAGAUGCGCGGCGUUGUAAAAAUUAUGGUUUCAUGGCUUCUUGCUCCAUUGGCGGCGGUCGCAGUUACGGCCGGUGUAUUUUACGUUCUCCGCAAGUACGUGUUGAGGGUGAAAGGACGAUCCUUUCAGAACGCCCUAUGUAUACUUCCCUACUGUCUGGGAUUUUCCCUUCUUAUUGACUUCAUGUUUGUUGUGAUUGAGCAGCCGCCUGUACUCACCGUGACACUCGCGAGAUUUGUGCCCAUCACCGUUCAAUAUCUGAUUUUUCUUGCAGUGAUUCUUGUGGCCUGCUACGUCGCGUCCUCGCUGCUUUUUUCACGCCUGGCGGAGGAAGCGUGGGAGGUGAACUCGUUUGUGUGGGAGUCGGAGAAGCUGUGCACGGAGGCGGUGACACGGGCGGCGGCCGGCCUCGCGGAGGCAGAAGCUGGUGAUGAGCGACUGGAAGCUUGUUCCUUCAGUUUGCCCCAACGUAAGCUGGCGGCUUCCGAUACCUAUGCAGAGCACCCCGACGGGAAGGUGCCUCUGCCACAGCGGGUUACGGCUCUGCUGCAUGACUCAGGUAGCUUUUUUUUGUCGAUCGUGGAUUCGGAUAACGUGGAGUUACUUCCUCGGCAAAGUGUUCGGGCGGCCCCUGUGGGGCGCUGUGCGUCACGUAUGGUUUUCCCUUUGAAGGGGGAUGAAUCGGAGACUUUAUCCUUGACGUUCCCUGCCUCCUACGGUACAGUGUUGCAUGCGAAAGAUACUACGGAGGGGUCACCGCAUGUGGUGGACCUGGACGAUGGGUUUAUGGAGGAAGACUGGGGGAUUGACCACCCGAUGCAGCCGAUAAACUUCCGUGGGCUUCUUCUUAAACCAUUUAAUCCACGUGCGGAGUACCUCUUCACCGCUCUUCAAGUUGUCGCAGGUAGCAUGUCAAGUUUUGUACACGGGGCUGUGGCUGGGGCCAAUGCAACGGCCGCCUUUGUUAUUCUCUACGACACAUUUGCAGUGUCGGAGCUUGAGGAGCAACCACUUGGCAGCAGCUGGGCCGUGCUGCCAGCAAUGCUGGGCAUUGCCAUUGGCAUGUUCACGCUGGGGGCACGGCUAAUGAAGACAGUCGGAAUGGAAUUGGUGACGGUGACCCCGGCACGUGGGUGGUGCAUUCAGGUUGGCGGCACCCUUGUCACAAUGGUCCUCACGGGCAUUGGAAUUCCAGUCUCCCUGUCGCAGGCUCAGGUGGGCGCGGCAAUUGGCUGCGGCCUGUUAGACGCACGCUCAAAGGGUGUGGAGUGGGGUGUCGCUGUGAAGAUUGUCUGCGGGUGGGGGGUGACCAUCGCGAUCAGCGCCGUCACAACAGGCGCCUCUAUGUGGCUUCUGGCCUACUUUUACUGUGCCUAG